AUGCCUCCGCUGAAAGACCGAAGAAUCUACUUUCUCAAAAGGCACGAGACUUUAGAUGUACCAUAUCUGGCGCAAACCGAAUUCCCAGAGUUUAUCACUGUGGGAGAAGAGAGAUUCUUUCAGAUGUGUCCUUUCGCAGGUUUCGCAUUCAAUGGAAAACGAAUCGGGAUGCUUUCAGAUCCGGAUGACAAGGCAAUCUAUGACCCUGAAUAUACCCGAAACAAAAAAAGAUGCAUUGGUAAAGCAAAAAUCAUCUACUUGGCUACCUUGAUAGACUCUACCUAUUUUCAUGCAAUACGAGGUUCUCAGUCUCCAUACGUUAUAAGAAUACUUUGCGGAUGGAGUAUUGAGAAGAUUUGGCUGAAUACAAGAACUUGGGUAUUGCUUGUCGAUGGAAAAUCCUUUGAGGAGCGGAUUUCUUCUGAGGCAGAAUUGGAUGAAGUUUGUAUGCUUGGCAGUUUUUUUGGUGCGAACAUAGAGGGAAUUGCUCUUCUAUGGAAGAGAUACCGUAACCAUAGGUUGAAGGAAUACCAUAGUCAUUCUAUUGAAACCGGUGAUUCUCUUGUAAAUAAGAGAGCUCUGCGAUCAGGUUUAUCGCCGGUGGACGAGGCACAAAGUAAAAGAAUACGCGAAAACGAUUAUGUUGCGGACGAAGUUCAAAACGUGAUUUCAGACCUGGGAUGGCGACAUCGUGAUGAUUGA